AGUAGGGGGCGACUUUUUUUUAACGAUUUUGCAUUCCUUGUGUGGACAAAAGAAAGACACACUGACUGAACCAAAUAUCAUUUACAUACGGCAUAGGCUACCCAACCUGAUCCACUGAAAAAAUGUCUAAACUACAGUUGUUGCGUUUAUUUUUAAAUGAGCGUUUAACGGAGUCUGCUGCUGUGGAGAUUUUCGAAGCUGUUGAGAAAGCGGUAGCGGAGUACCAGGAGGAGAAUGAUCGGCUACGGAGACUGCUGCGGUUCACACCAGAGAUACAACUAUGUAGAAUAGACUCCCUGCAGUUCUCUCUUGCUGUCUCUGAAGAGAAGGUUCCCACUGAGCAGCAGCACUGUGAGCAGGAGUGGAGCUCCAGUCUGGGGCAGGAGGACCCAGAGCCCACACAGAUCAAAGACGAACAGGAGGAACUCCGGAUCAGUCAAGAGGAAGAGCGGUUUCAAGGGUUGGAGGCUGACAUCACAGAGUUUAAAUUCCCUCCUACCUGUGUGAAAAAUGAAUGUGAUCAGGAGGACCCACUUCAGUCCAUGACUGAACAGACUGUGGAGAACAGAGAGAGUGACUCCAAACCAGUUGAUCUCAAACCUUUUGGGACUGUGACCCACCAAAAGGGUCUCGACAUUCCCUUUGACCCUCCAGACAGUCAAAACAAUGCCUCCAGUCACAGCUCUGCUACAAGCAGCAACCAAGUAGGACUUAACAGCAGCCCACCAUUGGAUCUAAUUGUGCACAAACUGGCUCACACGGGGGAGAAACUAUUUAGCUGUGGUGACUGUGGGAAAAGCUUCAGUCAAAAGGAACACCUAGGGAACCAUGUACGCAUUCACACAGGAGAGAAACCGUUUAGCUGUGGUGACUGCGGGAAAAGCUUCACUGUCAAGGGGAACCUAACUGUGCACAAACUGGCUCACACGGGAAAGAAACCAUUUAGUUGUGGUGACUGCGGGAAAAGCUUCUAUCAGAGCCAGGAACUAACUGCGCAUAUACGGACUCACACUGGGGAGAAACCGUUUAGCUGUGGUGACUGUGGGAAAAGGUUUUAUCACAAGAUUACUCUAAACCGACACAUUCAGACUCACUCAGGAGAGAAACCGUUUAUCUGUGGUGACUGUGGGAAAAGGUUUUAUCACAAGAUUACUCUAAACAGACACAUUCAGACUCACACAGGAGAGAAACCGUUUAUCUGUGGUGACUGUGGGAAAAGCUUCAGUCAGAAGGAACACCUAGGGAACCAUACACUGACUCACACAGGAGAGAAACCGUUUAGCUGUGGAGACUGUGGGAAAAGCUUCAGGCAGAAGGGGACCUUAAAUACGCAUAAACUGACUCACACGGGAGUGAAAUCAUUUAGCUGUGCAGACUGUGGGAAGAGCUUCAUUCUGAAGGGGUCCCUAAAGAUGCAUAUACAGACUCACACAGGUGUGAAACCAUUUAUAUGUGGAGACUGCGGGAAAGGCUUCUAUCUGAAGGGAGACCUAGGUAAGCAUAUACUGACUCACACAGGUGAGAAACCAUUUAGCUGUGGAGACUGCGGGAAAAGCUUCAGGCAGAAGUCGGCCCUAAAGACGCACACACUGACUCACACUGGAGAGAAGCCAUUUCACUGUGGAGACUGUGGGAAAAGAUUCAGUCAGAAUGGGGCCCUAAAGAAGCAUUUAUUGACUCACACAGGAGUGAAAUCAUUGUAGCUGUGGUGACUGUGGAAAAAGCUAUCAGAAAAGACGCCUAACUGAACAUAUUCAGACUCACCCAGGAGUUAAACAACAUGACUGCUCAGUCUGUGAUAGAACAUUCUUUACGGCUCAUCUGCUGAAGCAUGUUAAUAAUGUCCUCAAAGAA